AUGUCGCUGACUAACCCACUGCAAAAGGCUCCAAAAAUACAAAAACGGAAGAAAAGAAAUGAAGGAAAAAGAGCAGCACUAAAAAGAAAAAAUAGAAAGAAAAUAAGCAGAUGGGAACAGAUGAGCCCUGGGCAAGAGCACGUCUGCGAUUCUGAUACAAAGCUUGACUCACAUGCAACUAUGGAACUUGUUAAAGUCUUAGAUUCAAAGGAAAACUAUGGAGCAGUUGGAGGGGAAGUGCGAGUACUCAAUGUCACCGACUCAUUCGUUAGCUUCAUUAGCAGCCUGUGCUACUGGAUCACGUUCAAUAUAGAACGAGCCUGCCAGUCGUACUUUGACUGUGUGUCCUGUAUCAGUGGACCUUUAGGGAUGUACAGGAAUAAUGUGCUUCAGCAAUUAUUAGAGCCCUGGUAUAAUCAGAGAUUUUUGGGAAUCCGGUGUACUUUUGGGGAUGAUCGUCACCUGACGAAUAGGGUGCUCAGUCUGGGUUACUCUACCAAGUAUACACCCAAAGCUUGGUGCUACACAGAAACUCCAGCUCAAUACCUGCGCUGGCUCAACCAACAAAUACGAUGGUCCAAGUCUUUCUUCAUAGAGUGGUUCUACAGUUCUCUCUGGUGGCAUAAGCAAAGUCUGUGGAUGACAUAUGAGUCUGUAGUUAUGGGAAUGUUGCCAUUCUUCAUGAUUGUGGCCAUUGUCAAGGUAUUCUAUCACAGGUGUCUCUGGGAUAUUCUCUGGGUGCUCCUUUCCUUUCAUUGCAUUGCACUGGUCAAAGCAUUUAAUGCUGCAUGCCUGAAUGGCGGUCUGGUGAUGAUGUUAAUAUCUCUGUAUCCUAUCAUCUACCUGUGUGGGCUGCUGCCAAUUAAAUGCUUUUCACUUCUUACCAUUACCAAUACCAGCUGGGGAACUUCUGGACGCAAAGAGAAAGUCAAAAACUACAUCCCAUUGCUUCCACUUUUGGUUUGGGGGAUCAUCCUCCUUGUGGGUUUAAUCGAGACUGUAUUCACGGAGACUGAAAGAUCUUGGGUCCAUGCUGAACAGCCAUUAUAUAAACACUACGCUCUCUAUGGAUCACUGGCCUUGUUUACAUACUGGGCGUGUAUGGUUGCAAUUUACCAUAUAUGGUCAUGGCACCGGUGCAGAAGAAAUACUGCAAUGUACCGUGUUGAAGUGUAGAUAGAUUUUGUGUAAGUCACUUCAUGGAAAAUUUGAGGAAUAGCUAGCACUUUGAAGCAUACUUUCUACAACAUAAAUUUAGAGAUUCUGCUUUUUGCUCCUUACAUAAUUUGUCUCUGCAGUCUGUCCUGAACAGUGCAACUCUUGUAGUCAGAAGAACAGCAAUAAUACUAUCUUCCACCUGUCUGUCAAUUUCAUUCUGUCAGCCAGUAGCACAACAACAUUAUAUUUUUGCUAGUCCUUCAUUAGAUUAGUGGGUAAAAGCUCAGCUUAUGAUGAUGAU